GUUUCCCAGAGUGCCCUGCUCUAGGUUGAGAAAUCGAUCGUAGGCGUCGUGCGGCUUUCUGUUGGUCGAGUCUGAUGCUGAUAUUUGGUAGUGGUGGUGGUGCGGGACUCGGUACCGGUAACGAAAAUGCAGGAGUUAAUCGCUUGUGUGGACCACUUACGGUUCGAUCUGGAGCUGGCCGUGGAACAGCAGCUGGGGGCUCAACCCCUCCCAUUCCCGGGCAUGGACAAGUCUGGGGCUGCUGUUUGUGAAUUUUUUCUGAAGUCGGCCUGUGGAAAAGGCGGAAUGUGUCCGUUCAGACAUAUCAGUGGAGAGAAGACGGUAGUCUGUAAACACUGGUUACGAGGCCUUUGCAAGAAGGGAGACCAGUGUGAAUUCCUGCACGAAUAUGAUAUGACUAAAAUGCCAGAGUGCUACUUCUACUCCAAGUUUGGCGAGUGCAGUAACAAAGAGUGCCCGUUUCUGCAUAUUGACCCAGAAUCAAAGAUAAAAGACUGCCCGUGGUAUGACAGGGGCUUCUGUAAGCACGGACCCCUCUGCAGACACCGGCAUACUCGAAGAGUUAUUUGUGUCAAUUACUUGGUGGGAUUCUGUAUCGAAGGCCCUAACUGUAAAUUUAUGCAUCCCCGUUUUGAAUUACCUAUGGGAACCGCAGAACAGCCGCCGCUACCUCAGCAGACACAGAAUCAGCAGAAGCAAAAUAAUAACCAGGUGUUACAAAGGUCAUCUUCACUCAUUCAGCUAACAAGCCAGAAUUCUCCUGUCAGCCAACAGCGUUCUCCACAGACAAUCGGUGUCAUGCAGUUACAAAGUGGCACCCAGGGAAACCGGGGACCUAGGCCACUGGACCAGGUUACCUGCUAUAAGUGCGGGGAGAAAGGACAUUAUGCCAACAGAUGUACAAAAGGUCACUUGGCUUUCCUGAGUGGGCAGUAACGAGUGCUUUGGGGUAUGGACAUAAUGGACAGUCAAUUUUAAUUUUAACAUCAAGAUGCUGGAGACUUUUUCCUUGUUCUAUGUAAAUAUUGGACUCUUUUUCUGCUAUUUACUCUGAGCAGUUGAUAGGAAUCUUCUCCUUCCAAGAACUGUUUGGCAAAGAGAGUUUUUGCCAAUAACUAUUUUUUUAAAUAAAAAAUGUAAAUGAAUUUUUAUUUCUUUUUAUUUCUUUAAUAUAACUUUUGUACAGACAAGAUCAAAUGCCAACAGUUCUCUUGAAUUUAACAUUGUUAAUAAACUCUAUUUUAGUGA